AUGGUUACUCUGCAUGUAAAACCGAUAACGUACCCUGCAGGAAGCGGAAAUGCGCACAGCACCGCGUUCUUCAUCUAUUCUCAGCUAUUCCCGAUUCUGUGUUGUGUUUUUGGAUUGAUGUCGUUGGUUACCGGGUAAGACGAUGAUCUAGGACAUAUCCUCCGUUGUUUAUGAUUUUACUAUCAGUCUGUCGGGAAAAUAAUGACCACUCUGUCGCAUGGAAAUGAAUAGUCUUCUCGACAAAAUCGAAUUGCUUUUCACUCCCGCGACGUGAUCAGUGUAGCGACAUUUCACUCAUUACUUUUCCGACAGACUGGUAUUUCAAAAAAAAACCAAAAUGUUGGAGAGGGAGGCAUUUUGCUGCGUUCUUGAUACUUUCCGGAUGGUACGUUUUUUGCCACUGUAAGGUGUAGUAUUUUCAUAAGUUUUCAUAGCGAUCGGCGUAGCGACAUUGCACUCAUUAUUUUCCCGACAGACUGGCAUUUUUUUAUUUUUACGCUGUGCGGAAAGAGGAAACCCCGCUAGCGAAUGGGAAAAGUUCAAAAUGUACUUACGAAAUAUAGAAAAUAAAAGAGAUACGAUGUCCACGCAUUUUAUGAAAACACUGCGUCAUAGGACCUCUGUACAAGUGUGACAUGGCUCUCGGAUCACCAUGUAAAAAGUUAUUCGCUUGGUACUUUUCAUUACCAUUUUUUCCCUUGACUCCGGCCAUAGGUACUGCCCCCUCUCCUCCUUUAGCUACGUAUACAGUGAAUGGACCUGAUCCAAUGGCAUAAAACGUCUCCUUUUGCAUCCCGGAAGGGAUCAAAAUGACUCCAAACCAUUCCCUUCUCUAAGUUAAAAAACUCCGCUUUGAAAAGCGCGCCCUUUCCUUCAAGGCGGGCUAUUCAAAGCGGGGUUUUUUCGCUUAGAGAAGGUAAAGGUUUGGAGACAUUUUGGUCCCUUCCGGGAUUCAAAAUGAGACGUUUUUUGCCAUUGGAUCCGGUCCCUCACUGUAAUUUCCACUAACUUUCGUGCCAAAAAUCUCGUCUAUUUUUGCAAAGUAACACACUAUCUUUCAGCUACGUAAUUGCUGUCCUCAACAACCACGAAGAGGCUUGGUUCUCGAUGAUCAGUGAGGGCGGUUCGUUGCCUCCGGAGAGUUGUAUUUUCGGGAUUCUCCUCAAUUUCGCUGCGUUCUUCUGUAAGUUCAAUAACAAUGCUACAAUCUUCAUUUCCCUUCAAAUUCAGGGCUAGUAACCUGCUUUUCCCUGCAUUAUCAUCUUCUCGACCAUCUGUAUUGGCAUUGCGGGAGCAGGUCGAAGCUACGUUUCCUUUUUUACUUCAUGCUCUUCAUUGGGAUCUUAUCCGGACUUGGCAUCGCCGUUGUCGCCGACUUCCAGCUCAGCAAUCUGCGAAUUGUCCACAACAACGGAGCAAUGGUCGCGUUUUUGGCCGGAUUACUGUAUUGUUGGUGUUACGCGGUCGUCUGUGUAAAGCUGGGCAUCCAGUGGGUCCCGAAAUGGCUGAUUAUCCUCAGGAUAAUUGUUGUUGUCUUCGUGACGGUGUGCGUUGUCAUGUGUAAGUUGAGAUUUGAAAAAUUUGUUAGGACUAUGUCGGGAAAAUAAUGAGUAAAAUGUCGCUGCGCCACUCGCGUCGCAAUUCAAAGCAAUUUGAUUUUGCCGCAAAGACAAUUCAUUUUCCCAGCCGUAGUUUUCGAUGCGACAGAGUGCCCAUUAAUUUCCCGACAGACUGAUAUAAAGAAGUUUCUUUUGGAUCCCUCAUUUUCAGACAUCCUAUGCUUCCAAUUCUCGAUCUUCGCGAAGAAAUGGCCGGAUGGAACAAGAGCACAGAAGCCGGAGAGGCCAGCCACUGGAAUCAUAAGACUCCAGCCGUGCCAUCCGGUAAGAUAAGGCAUCAGAAAGGGAUAUCGAAAUUUUUGGCCACGUCUAACUUUUUUAUGCCAGUCUGUCGGGAAGAUGAGCACUCUUUCGCGUUUUUCAAAUUCAGAAAAAUGAGGUGUGACAUGUUAUGCGGUGAAACUUUUUUUCAAAUUCAGAAAAAUGAGGUGUAUCGUCUUAUUUAUACGAUGAAAAUUUUUUUCAAAUUCAGAGAAAUGAUGUGUGACAUCUUAUACGAUAAAAAAUUGUUUCCAAAUUGAAAAGAAUAAGAUGUCACACCUUAUUUUUCUCAAUUUGAAAAAAAUUUCCAUCGUAUAACAUGUCACACCUCGUUUUUUCAUUUUUCAAAAUGGGUGAGUGUUCAAAAAAGGGGAAAGUUCAGGCUUUUUGGUGAAAAUCAAAAAACAGGGGAGAGUUCAGGUUCAACCAAAAAAUCGAAACCUGCAGCGACAUUGUGCUCAUUAUUUCCCCGACAGACUGACUUUUCACUAUCAGCUGUUUUCAAACCUCCAUUUCAGUACUAUGACAACUACAUUAUUGCGUGUGUUUCCGAGUGGCUUCUGGCAGUUGGAUAUUUCAUCGUCAUUGCGUCGCUGUCCAUUGAAUUGGGGAAUUUCGAGCUCCACACGCUAAUUUCGAGUCAAAAUAUGGAGGAUUCAUCUUUGGAAGACCUCAGUAUUACCUAUGUGACAGCUAGAAGUCAAUAA